UCGUCCUCGUCACUUUUUCCUCCGACAACUUCCUUUUCGUUCAGCCCCAGGCUUUUGUACUUUUGUGAAAUUGAUAGCUCCGGAUUGUGCAGGAUUCCUUGAAUCUCUUUCACCUCACUCAGAAAGUCGUCGUCCUCGUCAUAAAGCCCAAGAACGAGACGUGGCGAUGGAAGACCUGCGAGAUCUGCUCCUUCAUCCAAUACGGUCUCAUCCUUGAUUAUCUGCUUCUGAUGAUCACUUCUGAUAUUAUGUUGCUGAUCUUCCCAUGUGACAGUCUUCCUCCUUUCCCUCGGUAUCGUAAAAGUGUAGUCGUUGUUGUCCAGCACUUUUCUCCUGAGUGGAACGUAACCAAAGUGGGAGGGGUCGUUAAGAAAUGCAAUUUUCUUCUGUGGGUUCUUUGGCAUCUUUAAAAUGCUGGGUCUUUGCUGUACUUCAACGUAGAGAGUCUCAAACUUGGUCGUUGUCUUUGGUGAACGCCACGACGUGCUUUUGAUAUGAACAUGGUCGAAUGGGAUCUUGAGACUUCAUCACUCUUGCCUUUUUCCUUCGGGUAGGGAGAGAAAAAAAUACUCGACAAAGCUCACGGCAUCUUUGGUACCAUUGACAACGUGGUUGAACCAUUUGAGAAUACCGGCAAAUCGAGUGAUAUGCAGUCCGCUUGAUCAAUAAAAGUUUAAUUGUACCUUCAAAAAAUGCUGGAGAAGGUUGAUCCAAACGGGAGCGAGUGCAACAAUGAAGAUACUAGAGUUCCAAAAAAGAUAUCUUUGCGCAAGAAGUUCGACAUCCCUUUGGAACACUUGGACUUUGCCUAUGUUCAAAAAUGCACCGAUGUUCGAGAACUGGAGAAAAUCUUGAAGAUCUUAAGAUCUGGUGAGGAAGGUUAUUUCCCACAACUGAUUUCCUGUGUGGAGGAACGCAUUAAGACGUUGGAUCCGGGGAACCAUCUCCUCCGUGUCGACAUUCCUGUCCUUUACCCCGCAGAUUUGGAUAAGGAGGAAAGAGAACACAUUCUCAGCGACAUUUCUGAGUGGGUCCACACAAUGUCCACGGCGUCAAAAUCAGCGAGGAAUCCUGUCCCAAAGAGCAUAUUUCAGGACGAAGGUCUUGGCUCGUACUUUGGUCAAGGUGAUGGUCAAACUAUCCCCAUUCGAGGGCAGGAUAGGCAAGAAGCAUCCGCCAACAAGAUCAGUCAUGAAAGCAACACCAGCAGUGCGGAGACCACAAAGUCGCAGUGUCAGAGGAAUUCCCAACGCAUAAAAUCCUGGGAAUAUGAGAAAUGGGACAAGUUUGACGUGGACGAAGAAUUGGCACGGAUGGAAGUGACAGACAUGCAAGUUGCAGAAUGGGAGAAAGUGAGCAAACCAAAAAUCCAACUGCAGCAGAAAAAUGUGGAGAAGCUGAUGCGAAAUGAGACUGACAAAGUACAGACUGCUGCUAAAUUUGACACUAAUGUGACUGCAAACAUAAUCGCCCACUCUUCGUCGUCAUCACGAUCCCCGUGGGAAGUUGGUCGGCCUUCAUUCGUGGAAGAACUCUCGGGGGGACCAGAGUCGUCACCUGUCCCCAUCCAGCCAACGACGACGACGACUAAACCAUCAUUGUCCGCCACCCAACCAAAGCAGCAGCAGCAACAUCGUCGCGUCCGCAUACAAAUUGAAGACGUAAAUAUUCCAUUUUAACUGGAGUUGGAAAUGUUCCUUGUACCCAAUUGCUUCCUUUAAUUCUUUCAUUUUGUGAUGAUGACGAUGACGAUGUGCGAAUAAAUUGGUUCCGCUCCAAUGUUCUCAAUAAAUGGGGCGGUACAAAUCACUCAAUUCUUGACCCUAAUCACCUGCUCCUUCUGAGAAUCCUUUGUUGUUUGUUGGCUGACUCACGUCACAAGGUCAGCACUGACCCCAAAUACUAGUGCCAACCCAUUCCGCUAAUAUCCAACCAGCAGCCUGGAAUUGUGAAUGGAAAAGAGGAAAGCAAACUGGUGGAAUGUCUGCGUGUGUAUGUGAAAAAAAGAAAGUCGUUCUUUGUACUUUCUCCCUUGGUAGUGGUGGAAAUGGGCCCGUAUGACCAAUUAAUCAGCCGCACACACAUCGACGACCAUGAGAUGUAUACAUUUCCCUGUAUCGAAGCUAUGCAGCAGAAAAGGAAGGAAAUUAGGACUGUCAACUAUGCCAUAAAGGAGCAAAGUACGCGUAGGCUCGUACAAUACGAAGCGGAGAAGAAUGCUUUCCCCGGUCCUUGCAUAUUGCUCUCUCCGCCUUAAUAUGCUUCAUGUACGGUUAAAACGGUGGUGUUGUUGGUGUGUCGUUCAUUUUUUAAAUCUGGUUAGCAUGCAAACGCUCGAUUUCCUUGUGGAUCGAUUCCCCCUUUUUCAAGCCAACGACAAAGAACGCUUCAUUAUUUCCUCGCCUCUUGCUGCUAAAUCUCUUGCUCAUUUUCUAUGCCUUUCUUUUUUGGUGGUCUGGUGGAAUGCCUGCGUAUGAUGUAGGCAUGCACGUAUGUACAUAAGGUACGGAUGCAAAUAUGUACGUAUACAUAUAAUGCCCUGCCCGUGAA